ACUAUAUAGGCCCACCCUCGUUCCACGCCGAGCCUUUUACAAAGACGCGCCAUAGGCGAAUCAGCGCCUCAUCAAAGCCCUAGCACAAGAGGCGCCGGAAGUGGCGUCUUCCUUUUGCCUCAGCACUCGCGCCACUCGGUUGCCAAGGUUUCCAGGCGGAGGGGACGGGGCGGUGCGCGAGUCGGCCAGGGCGGCUGCUCUUCCUCCACCCGGCGCUCGAAGGCGCGAGGCCUCAUCGCCUCCCGGUCGCCAUGGCUGCCUCGGCCCGGGCGGGGAUGAGCGAGCUCGAGCGCGACGGUUGCCGAGAGUUGCUGGGCCUGCUGGACACGGACGACCUCCUGGCGCUCACCGACACCGUCACCGCCCGCCUCGUCCAGCCCGACGACCGCCAAGAAGCCAUACAUGCCAUCUUACUAUACAGUCAAAGUGCUGAAGAACUGUUGAAGAGAAAGAAAGUAUUUCGAGAGAUAAUCUUCAAGUACUUGGCAACCAAAGGAGUUAUAGUGCCUCCUUCUUCUGAGAAACAUCAACUCAUUAGUCAUGCAAAACAGUACUGGUGUGAACAGCUAAAAAAUUGUGCCUCAGAUGAAAAAUGUGCUCAGCCUAAUGUAGAGCAACCUGAAGAAGGAGGGAAACAGGGAGGAGACAAACAAGACAAUGACACAGAGUGCUACAGUCUGGCAGAGGAGUUUUGUCAGUGGUUUUUUGGCAUUCUGAACUCUCAGAACCCAUUGAUUGGACAGUCCCAAGACGGAUGGGGACCACAACACUUUUGGGAUGAUGCAAAACUAAAGUUUUGUUAUAACACUUCAGAACAGAACAUAGAAGAGUAUUUCGGUGCAGAAUUGGUGAGCCUUCGCUUAUUGUCCUUGGUGAAAGAAGAAUACCUCUUUCUGAACCCCAAUUUGAAUGCUGGUGGCCUGAGGUGCACAGUUUCACCACAUGGGUUAAUUGUGGUGGCAGUAGCUGGUACAAUUCAUAGAAAUACUUGUUGUUUGGGAAUCUUUGAACAAAUCUUCGGACUCAUCCGCUGUCCGUUCAAGGAAAAUACGUGGAAAAUCAAGUUUGUGAAUCUAAAGAUUUUUGGUCAGAAUGCCAUGGAAUCUGGGACCGAAAUAGAAAGUCCAUGCAUAAAAUAUGUACAGGAAGAACUCCAGGAAUUCUGUGCACCCAAGGAACUUGCCUUGAUUGAACCUAAAAAAUAUGGAGCUCUUUCUUUGGAAAACUGAAGGAAGAAAGUUUGUGGACAUUGAAAAAAUACAGCACAUGAACAUACGUGAGCAUUCAAAAACAUUGUUUGCUUGUGCUUUUUCGGUCAGAUUUUCUGAUUGAGUGACUAAGUAAAAGAAUUGCCCAAAUUAGGGAGUGACAACUGAUUACUAGUAAGCUGAUUCAGUCAAUCAUACUGCUUCCAAAAUGAAAAGUAAAAUGGAAGGAAAAAUGAGAGGGACGUUCAGAUAUUCUUCAUGCAGUCACUUCUUUCCCCCUCUGUGAGAGAUCUUGGGGUUAGGUGGAAAUAAAGAAGCCCAAAUGAGACCGAUCAAAACCUGGAGAUUAUUUUGCCAAGUUGUGGCUUCUAUCCUUGGAGUGGGAGAAAUUUUGAGAUUUGCAGGGAGGAGGGUAUGCACCACACAACAGAAAGUGAUGUAUUUGUGGCAAUCCAUGUAUGGAUGAGCUGAAACUUUCAUCCACCUUAGGGUUUCUAUCUUGAAAAUUGUGGAGUUUCCAUCUUGAAAAUUGUACCUUUUAAUUGUUUAAGAAAAUUAAUUUUAAGAAAAUGCUUCUUUGUAAUAGAGGUGAAAACAACACUUGUUGAUAUUCCCUCUCCUACAUAGUCAUUCAAACUUUAUAGGAACCCUCCCCAGUUUUUACUUUGGUAAUUCUAAGCCAUGCCAGGCAACAUAGCCAGCCGUGAAGUCAAAACAAUAUCUCAGGGUCCAUGAUUUGCUCAGCCCAGUCUUAUACGAAUGUAAGGUUGCCUUUUGCCACAGUUUUGCUGGGGGCAUUUUCUCAGAGAGUGUGUCUUCCACUGUAAAGAAAUGCCAGUGUGACAAAUCACAUAACUAUUACUGCACUACUAUUUCUUGGGAAAUUGUUUAUGUUGGGUUUUUUUACAUGCACUUCUCACUUUUCCUUUUUUUUUAAAAAAAAAUUAAGCUUGAAUUAAAACUAUCAUUGAUCUCAAUACAAUUAUUAUUUAUCUAAUUUAAAAGGUUUCUUUUAAAGGGUUUCUUUUAAAAAAAAGUUCCUGUAAAUAUCUCACAGAUCCAAAAUCUCAGGCUGACAGAAAAGAAAACAUUUAUAAUUUGUAAAUCAUUUUCUGUUAUGUUCCUGAUUUUCUUAGCUAGCCAAAGCUUUUACAAGUUCCAAAACAGGUUCAUUUUACUUCUGCUUUUAAUUAGGUUGAAAUUGUGAAUUUUCCAUGUAUAACUUCUUUAUGCGGCUAUUCACAUACGUUCGCCUUCUUGUCUUUUAGUUAAAGGUGAGGUUAAACUAUUGCAUCAGAUAUUUGGUUUGUUGUUUUAAUCUAGUUCAAAUGCAGUCCUUAAACUAGUUACUUUGUUAGUUUUCUUAAUGAAUGGAGGAAACAGUUUUCAAUUACAUUCUGAUUUAUUCAGUUAACAAUAAAGUGCAAAAACAUCAAUUCUUCUUAUAUUUAUUACUUCUCAAUGAAUGGCAGCAUUUGAGAAUUCUUGUUCUUAAAAUUUUGAACAUUGCUUUUGGAAAUUUACACCAAUGAAAAAGCCCUUUGUCAAAGGAAGAACUACUUUUCAAGCAAAAGUAGUUAUUCUAAAAAACAAACAAAUGUUUAAGACAUAUGUAUAAUUGGAAGACUUAAAGCAAAAUGCUUGCUGAAAAAGAAUAGUCAGUUUAUUUGUAAUUAUGUUUUGCUGUCUUUACCAUGGGGAAAAUAAGCAUAUCAAGGGCUAUAUUUGCCAACUUUUUGUCUAAAUUACAUUGAUUUAUUAAAUAAUGCAUUUAAGUUAUUUAUUUCAUUCUCACAUACAUGUGCAAGGAAAAUUUAUCAUGGCUAGUAAUAUAACAACAACAACUUUAUUUUUGUAUGCCGUCUUUAUCUCCCUGAUUGGACUCGGAGCGGCUCACGUGGGGACGAGCCCAAUCAACAUCAUAACAUCAUAAAAUAGCCAGUUUAAAACACAUACAUUAUUAUAUAAAACAGGAUAACCAACCAGCAGUUUAAAACAACAUAAAAUUAUAAAAGCAUAAAACAAUCUUAAGCAGUUAUUAGUGAGCCCAUGAAAUGUCCAAUCCUAAGCAUGAGUGUGGCGAACUGUCGUAACUCAUUAUAGAUUAGGACUGAUGAACAAAGUGCAUGAAACAGGAUAAAAUAAAUGGGGUGGGCAGAGCAGGAUGGGGAAAUGACCUUGGGAUGGAGAAUACCAGUAAAGUGCCAACCAGAUUUCGAAUGAUCUUGAUCUUGAUAUGAGAUGGUUGAAGCAUGACAUACACAACUGCACUGGCAAGUAAAUUCCAAGCCUUUGUUUCACAUCUAGAAUCACUUAGCAUUUGUGUAGAACUUCAGAGAGCUUCAUGUACUAUACAUAACCUUCCAGUAAAAAUCACAACAUCUUGUGUAAGGUAGGUCAGCAUUAUUUUUGCUAGGGUGAUGGUAGGGACAGGACUAAUGUUUUUAACCCAUACUUUGCCAUAUUAUUAACUAUGACUCUUGCUAAUUUUAUAUGUCUGGUUUUUAAAUGUGUUAUUGGUUUUUAUGUAGAUAUACUGUAUUUUAUAUGUUGUGUGACACCAUUGUGUGCUAUUUGUAAGCUGCCCCGAGUCCCUAUGGGAGAUGGUGGCUGGGUAUAAAUAAAAUUUUGUUGAUUAUUAUUA